AUGCCAGGUCCGGGUAAUCGCAAGCAAGUAAAGUCAAAAAGUGCCACGAGGUCUCACGAGAGCGAGGGUCAAGUACGUUUUGCCGGUAUCGACAAUGCGGAAGGAUGGAGUGCGGUUGUAAACUUGCUUUGCGAUGUUUUUAAACUACCAGAUCUCACCUCUCGAAAGGGACUAAAACAAGUGCACGCCAAAUUCGACCCCCUAUUUGCCAAAAUUGAGCAUGCCUACAAAAGCAACCCACAAAACUACAAACUGCGAGGCGGAAUCAUUGGGAUAUUUUCUAAAAUGUGUGUCGAUUCAAUGUUGAGAGAUAGGCUUUUCGAGAAAGGUGUCUUGGGGAUGAUCACACCGCUGCUCGAGAUAGAUGACACCCGUCAUCUGGCUCUACAUUGCCUCAGCAUCAUCACCCACCACAGUGGCUCGAAAGCUAGGGUUGAAAUCGCCAAAAAUGCCAAUGUUCUCGCCAGACUCAUCCAAGACCUCCCCGAGGACGAAAAGGUCGCAGAGCUUGCAGUAUCGACUCUCGCCCAUGCCUUAGCUGCUGUCACCGGGGGUUUACCUGAGCCUACUGAUCCAGUUGUGUUCAAAUCGAUAGACAUGGUUGAGGUUCUGAAAUCAACACUCGAGGCGGUGAAGAGGCCACACAGCGAUCCGCAAGUGCUCAUGGACCAUGCUAUUAAGGUAGUGUGCAUGUCCAGCCCACAUGCAGUAGAUGCAUUCAAGGCGUAUCCACCCGCUAUCGACUUUAUGGUCGCUGGUCUUCGCAGCAAUGACUGGGUUACCCGUUCUAUAUGCCUUGGCGGCGUUCUCAGACUGCAUCAGUUUGAGGCGGAAGAGAACCCGCCCAUCUUCGACCGGAAAAAGCUGCUAUCUGGGGAAUACGGACGCCUCCCCGACCAUCUUGUUGCCCUUGAGAUGGAGUACGGACACGAGCGAUGCGAUAUGUAUUUAAUGGCCAAAGCACUGGCUGAAACUGCCAGUAUACUGAUACCAUGCGUCGCAACCGGGGACUUCUACACCCUGGGAUUGAAACAGGCAGAAUUGAUGCUUCAAACCGACUUCAUUCUUGUACCCGGAAUAUUCGAAAUCCGGGACCCCGUGACUGGAAGCAGUAUGAACGAAAAUGCUGGUGUCUCGUUCCCACUGUGGGCUGCAUCGCUUUCCAAUUACUCCAGCGCUAUCAGAAGGUCGGGAAAACCCAACGAAGCCGACUUUGCUGAUAUUCUGGACCUCAAAAAGCUUAUCGUUACAAGUUGCAUCCCGGAUGCUGUGGCAUUAGCGCAUAAAUGUAUUGAAAGGAAUCCCCAACAGGCGUUCUUCUACUACGUGAUCAGUCUUGGGGAUGACCAUGUGCAAGCGCUGCGGGCAGCAAAGAAGGGGCUGAAGUGUAAACUUCUUACUCCCUUCCUCAAGUGGCAGCUCAUGCUGCAAGCGGUCAUCCUUGCUGCUAAUAUGGGCGUCAGCAUCAUCCAAAGUAUGCCUGACUCUCGUGAUAAGCGGUGGCAGGAAGGUAUCGCGUUUUUGUCCAGCGCUUAUGACGAUGCCAAAUUAUUUAUGGAAGGUGCUCCUCCCGACAAUCACUACAUGGACGUCGUUGCAUGUUGGUACAUUCUUCUCCACAUGAUCUUGUUGAAAGAUCUUAGCUCAGAUCUGCAUGAAAUCAAGCGUAACCUCGAACGACUGCAUGCAGCUGAUGAAUUCAACAUUUUUAUGGGAAUACCUCCUCCCAAAACUGAUCUACGCCUUGCUCAACAGACCGCCGUGGAGCACUACCCAGCUGCUAUCAAAGAGUUUUCCCGUGUCUUUCAGGUCUUAUAUCAGGCAAAAAUCGGGGAGGGCCAUGUAGUGAGACUUGAUCGAGGUAAACUUGAGGACGACCUCACUGCAUGGUUUAAUGACAUGAAGUUUGACGACGGAACAAUGAUGCACGUGGGCGCAGGUUGUUCUGGCGGCAGUGGCCAGGUAAAAGUUACCUUUGAUCAGGUUACUUUGUACCGUUGUUCGUGGUGCAGCAAUACGUCAGCAAUACUGAGCAAAUGCGGUGGAUGUUCAGAAGCUCGAUAUUGCGACAGGGCGUGCCAAAAACUUCAUUGGGAGGAACAUAAGAAGACAUGCAAACGCCAAAACGUAAGGAAGUAG